AUGCUACCGUUGCCAUGGCCACGCGCGUGGCCGACGGCGAUUGCAGCUAGCGCUGCUGGCCUGGGACUGCUACCGCUGUCCGGCCCCCACGCCCACAAGAACCCCGCCACAAAGCACCAGAGUACCAACCACAAGCUUGUGAGGGGAGCCAAGCAGCCCAGGACAACCAGAAGACAAACCCCUGGAGUACACAUUGUACAGGAGGCAACAGCUGAUGGUGAGUCUGCCAAUUACGGCAAUAUCGAAGGUGGCAACAGAAUUAACGUACAAUCGGCGCAGCUUGUAAAUGCCGCACAGGCUGCCAACUCGGCUACCCAGGUAAACGAGCAACUGGAAAAAAUACUCCAGUUGCUGGAACAUUCAGCGCCUGGCCCGGUUAGCGCAAACCAACAGGUAAGGCGUGGUUUUAGUUCGCCCGCCAUUUCGCCCAACAUAGGGAGAAUCCCCGAUGCCCUCAACGAGGCCGACGGUGACGCGGCUUGGCCAGCCAAUCACACCGCAGGAUACGGGGAUUCCCUUUCCUUCCGUGCGGACGGGAUAGACGCGCACGUCAAACAACAGGUGAGGGAAAAAAUCUGGCGUGGCGAGUAUGUCGACCUCGGCACAAUCCUACCAAACACCGAGGGAAGUCACGAGGACGGUACGAUUACCAUUGCGUACGACUCCUCAGGUAAGGUAAUUUUUAAACCAAUUAAGCAGCAACCAAAGCGUCUGUCCCUGGCGAGCUGGACUUCAGCUUUCCACAUUUUCAUGUGUAUAUAUGUUAGUAGGCACUCCGAGGUCCGCACAACCCAGGGGUUGCUGUCCUACAUGGAAACCAUAAGGACGGCGGCACUUCGAUUCGGGGGGGAUGCCUGGUCAACCUACGACCAACAAUUCCGGCACAGAAUGUCAAGGGACCCCUCACGACGCUGGGACAACAUCGACGGGGAGUUGUGGCUGAAGUACAUGGUAACACAGCAGGUACUACAACCAGAAUCAGGCGGACGGGGCGCAAUCACACGCGUACAGGGGGACAUCGCCAGUCAGGUAUGCUGGGAUUUCAAUAAAUUCGGCUGUAGCAGGGUUAACUGUAAGUACACUCACAAAUGCGGUAAGUGUGGCAAACAUUCCCAUAGCUCUAGGACCUGCUUUCGAGGGAAUGGGGUCCAACCGACCCCAUACAAGCCCAAUCAGCCUUUUCCUAACAGAAAACAACCCGGCAAGGCAGGUAAAUUCAAUGGCCCCUUCCCCCGUGGACCUCAAUGAAAUGGCACCU